AUGGAGGGUGCGGGGAGAGACUGUGUUCGUGUCGCCGCAGGCGACGCAGACGACCAGCUCUGCAGCGUGGCGGUCGAUUUCGUGGUCCUCAUCCUCAUCGAGGCCGCGUCUGCAAGGGUAGUACUUGCCGCAGCAAGCGGCCUUGAGCCAGCAGUUGCGCGUGUAGUUUUCGCAGCACUUGGAAACGCCCUUGCCGGAGUAGCGGUGGGUGGGGUGGCGGGUGAGGUCGGGUUCGCGGCUGAGGGCGCGCUGGCGGGCCCCAGCGAAGAGAUUGUGGAUGCGCUCGGCCUGCUGGGACUCGGAGAGGGCGGGGUCUUGCUGGAUGGCGCGCACGGCCUCGUGCAUGGCGGUGGAGCGGGAGGUGGGGUGAGGUUCCUUGGGGCCGGGGGCGGCGCGGUCGUUACACGCGGGGACGGCGGGCUGCGGGGAGGAGGGCUCGGGGUGAUCGUGGUGGUGGUGGUGAGGGUGCGAGGUAGGGUCCAUGGCGAAAUGGAAUUUGUCGGGGUUCCCACAGGAGAGCUCCGGGUGAUAUGCAAGCUCUGUGCCAAGUCGCUUGGUGGUGAAAGCGGGCAAGCCCGGGGGCGAGUUGACGGUCAAGGCGAUAAGUGGGUAUGCGGACAUGACACGCCUAGGGCCGGGGGUAAAGGAAGGGGGGGAAGGAAUAUGGGAGGAGGGAGGGGGGGUGGAGGGGGCUAG